AUGAGAUACUCAACUAUCGCUUUGUUGGUCUGCUUCGCCGUGGUUUCACAGGCUUUGACUGUCCCACUUAACUUCCGCCCAGUCUCGAGAAACGCUCUCAAGAGAAUCCCAGCCAACCUCCACAAGAAGUACGCUGCUCUUGCUGAGGUCGGUGCUUCUGGCACUACCGUCCCAAUCACUGACUACGAGGAUGCCCAGUACUACGGUGCUGUCUCCAUCGGAACCCCCGCCCAGGUCUUCCAGGUUGUCUUCGACACUGGUUCAUCCAACCUCUGGGUCCCAUCCAAGAAGUGCCCAAGCACUGUCGUUGCCUGUGACCUCCACACCAAGUACGACUCAUCCAAGUCCUCCUCAUACGUUGCCAACGGAACCACCUUCUCCAUCCAGUACGGAUCUGGUGCCAUGUCUGGUUUCAUCUCCCAGGACACCGUCAAGGUCGGCGCCCUCACCGUCAAGAACCAGCUCUUCGCUGAGGCCACCGCUGAGCCAGGUAUUGCCUUCGACUUCGCCAAGUUCGAUGGUAUCCUCGGUCUUGCCUUCCAGUCCAUCUCUGUCAACAACAUCCCACCCGUCUUCUACAUGAUGAUGAACCAGGGACUCGUCCAGGACCCACUCUUCGCCUUCUGGUUGUCCAAGACCCCAGGUAACAACGGUGGUGAGCUCACUUUCGGUUCCAUCGACAACACCAAGUACACCGGUGACAUCACCUACGUCCCACUCACCAACGAGACCUACUGGGAGUUCGCCAUGGCCGAUGUUGCUCUUGCUGGAAACUCUCUCGGCUACUGUGGUGCUGAGGGCUGCCACGCCAUCUGUGACUCUGGUACGUCUUUGAUUGCCGGUCCAGUCGACCAGAUCAACGCCUUGAACAAGAAGCUCGGAGCCAAGAUUGAGAACGGUGAGGGAAUCCUCAACUGUGCCACCAUCUCCUCCCUUCCAAACAUCGAGUUCACCCUCGCUGGUCGCGUCUUCUCCUUGACUCCAAACGACUACGUUCUCCAGAUCACCUCCCAGGGUCAGACCGACUGUCUCUCUGGUUUCAUGGGCAUUGACAUCCCAGCCCCAAUUGGUCCACUCUGGAUCCUUGGUGACGUCUUCAUCUCAACCUACUACGCCAUCUUCGAUUUCGGCAACAAGCAGGUUGGUUUCGCCACCUCCAACCAAUAA